AACACUCAUCCUGCAAUUAUUCCAUUGAAUCUUUUCCUCCAGAAUUUUGUUUAAUUUUGCGUUUCCCCCUCUGCAACAGUUGACAAGCUUUCUGUUGCAAAUAUAAAUAAAGAGGAAAAUGACAUUCAGUGGGACAACAGAGAAAUGCAAGGCUUGUGAUAAGACUGUUCAUAUUAUUGAUUUAUUAUCAGCGGAUGGCGUUUCUUAUCACAAGACUUGCUUCAAAUGCACCCAUUGCCAUGGGGUGCUGGUGAUUGGCAACUAUUGCUCGAUGAAUGGUGUCCUAUAUUGCAAACCUCACUUCGAGCAACUCUUCAAGGAGACCGGCACAUACACAAACAAAGAUGGAAAAUGCUCGGACAAGCCAGAUGCACAGCAGGCAAAGCCUCCUGGCAAAUUUGCAUCCUUCUUCUCUGGCACACAAGACAAAUGUGGAGUUUGUAAGAAAACCGCAUACCCUCUAGAGAAGGUGACUGUGGAGGGAGAAAACUACCAUAAAUCAUGCUUCAGGUGUUGUCAUGGGGGAUGUGUUCUUACACCAUCAACAUAUGCUGCGCUGGAGGGCUUCCUCUACUGCAAGCAUCACUUCUCUCAGUUGUUCAAAGAGAAAGGCAGCUACUCUCAUCUCACCGAGACAUCCAACACCAAGAAAUGCUCAGCCGAAGGGAAAUCUGAACCAGUUUCUGAAACCAAGCCAAAUGAAGAUGAAGCAAAACCUGAAGCCGAAGACGCAGCCGAGAAAGGAGAAGAAGAAGAAGGAGGAUCCGAUAAACCGGUUGCACAAGCCCAGUAG